UGGCUGUAUUGGUGGAAGAAGUGACCAACAAACUCUGAAAUUUCUCAACUUCCCCCUUUCCCUCCGCUCCCUCGUCGUCGUCGUCGUCGUCGUCGUCGUCGCCGGGCCGGUGAUUUCUGUCAACUCCUCCGUCGAAGACGAUAUACGCCAUAUAAAAAAAUCAGGCGCGAGGGAGAAGGAAGAUGACAUCAUCAAUCGUCAAUUUCUCCAUCUGCUCUCAUCCUCCAAGAAUCACGCUGAUUUGGUUUCUCACUCUUCUUACGCUCGUUUUCUCCACCUGCGUCUCUUCCAAUCCCGGAGUGUUCAACGUUAAGUACCGUUAUCCUAGGCUUCAAGGCUCUCUCAGCGCUCUCAAGGAGCACGAUGACCGGCGCCAGCUCACAAUUCUCGCCGGAAUCGAUCUACCCCUCGGUGGAACCGGUCGCCCUGAUAUUCUCGGUUGGAAUUCAGGCAUUUAUGCGUCCCAUUGAUCUCUGUGUGCUCUCUCUCUCUCUCUCUUUCUCUUUUUCAUUGCUUUCUCCUUUUCAUCCAUCUAAAGGCUAUACUAUGCAAAAAUUGAGAUUGGAACUCCUGCAAAGAGCUAUUAUGUUCAAGUCGACACAGGGAGUGAUAUCAUGUGGGUUAACUGUAUUCAGUGCAAACAAUGUCCAAGAAGAAGCACUCUUGGUAUCGAGCUGACGCUCUACAACAUAAAGGAAUCAAACAGCGGAAAGUUGGUUUCUUGCGAUGAAGACUUUUGCUACCAGAUAAGUGGCGGUCCUCUCUCAGGCUGCAAAGCUAAUAUGUCGUGUCCUUAUCUUGAAAUAUAUGGAGAUGGGAGCUCUACUGCGGGUUAUUUUGUACAAGAUGUUGUGCAGUAUGACAGUGUAGCUGGUGAUCUCAAGACAAAAACAGCUAAUGGGAGUGUCAUAUUUGGGUGUGGUGCUAGGCAGUCAGGAGAUCUUGACGCUUCUAAUGAAGAAGCACUUGACGGAAUACUUGGAUUUGGAAAAGCUAAUUCCUCAAUGAUUUCCCAGCUGGCUUCAUCAGGGCGAGUGAAAAAAAUAUUUGCUCAUUGCUUAGAUGGAAGAAAUGGAGGUGGCAUAUUUGCUAUUGGACGUGUUGUGCAACCAAAAGUAAACAUGACACCAUUGGUACCCAAUCAACCACAUUACAAUGUCAAUAUGACAGCAGUUCAAGUCGGUCAGGAGUUUCUAGAGAUUCCAGCUGAUUUAUUUCAAGCGGGAGACAGAAAAGGAGCAAUAAUUGACAGUGGUACAACCUUGGCCUAUCUUCCAGAGAUAAUCUAUGAACCACUGGUGAAGAAGAUAACCUCGCAAGAGCCUGCUCUGAAAGUUCACAUAGUUGAUAAAGACUAUAAAUGCUUUCAGUACUCUGGAAGAGUUGAUGAGGGGUUUCCGAAUGUCACUUUCCAUUUCGAAAACUCGGUUUUCCUCAGGGUUUAUCCUCAUGAUUAUCUGUUCCCUUAUGAAGGAAUGUGGUGCAUUGGUUGGCAAAAUAGUGGAAUGCAAUCGAGAGAUAGGAGAAACAUGACACUUUUGGGAGAUUUGGUCCUUUCAAACAAGCUUGUUCUCUACGAUCUAGAAAAUCAGGUCAUCGGGUGGACGGAGUACAACUGCUCAUCAAGCAUAAAAGUAAAAGAUGAAGGAACAGGAACAGUUCAUCUUGUAGGCUCACAUUAUAUCUCUUCUGCAUAUCCUUUAGAUGCCUCCUUGCUUUUACCGUCGUUACUUCUUCUCAUUACUCUUUUCUACCUGUAGUAGAGACUCCUUAUAGUUUCUCUCUUGUACAUAGAUUCAACAUUGUGCUCAAAUGGUAAAAAAAGGUGGUCUGAAUAUAGAUUAUACAAAAGAUA